AUGUAUGGACUUUUGACCCUCGUUGUCGCGGCCUCUUGUGCCAUUGCGCACGACGGUCGCCCCAGCCAGCCGCGGUACUUAGCAGGCCGAUUAGCCAGCGGCCGUGUCCCACGAUCGCCGGGAAAGCACAUCUUCGGUCCAGCCGUGACGAAGCUUGAGAGCCGGAAAGGUACAGUCGACGGCCAGUGCGGAGUUGAGUUUGGGACGACUUGCCAGAGUGGUGACUGCUGCUCCAUCGAAGGAUGGUGUGGCAAGGGACCUGACUAUUGCUCCUCGCCGGACUGCCAGCUCGAGUACAGCGACAGCUGCGACGGGAAUAUCCGGCCGCAAGGAAGGGACACGGAGAAGGUGGCACGCCCGAAAGUCGGAAAUGUGCCGUACGGGCAGGGCAUCUACGACUGUGACGUAGACGGGACCAUUGCGCUCACGUUUGAUGACGGACCAUACACUUACACCGAGGAUCUGCUCAACUUGCUAAAGAAAUACAACACCAAGGCGACCUUCUUCAUCACGGGCCGCAACUUCGGCAAGGGCGCCAUCAACGACCCCGCCAAGCCCUGGCGGGCGCUCAUCAAGCGCAUGUUCGACGAGGGCCACCAGGUGGCCUCGCACACGUGGUCGCACCAGAACCUCGCGACCAUCAAGCAGGAGACGUUCCGGCAGCAGAUGCUGUGGAACGAGGUGGCCAUCGCCGACAUCCUCGACGGCCGCUUCCCCACGUACAUGCGCCCGCCCUACUCGUCCAGCAACGGGCAGACGGACGCCUGGCUCGGCGAGCUGGGCUACCACGUCGUCUACUUUGACCUCGACACCGAGGGCUACCUGCACCAGUCGCCCACGGAGAUUCAGGUGUCCAAGGACAUAUGGGACAGGACCGUCAAGGGUCAGAGCCCCGCCAACAAUACGUGGCUCGCCAUUGAGCAUGACUCCAUCGAGCAGACGGUGCAUAACCUGAGCGAGUACAUGCUCAAGUCGAUGGCCAGCAAUGGCUUCCGGGGCGUCACCGUGGGCGAGUGCCUGCGAGACCCGCCUGAGAACUGGUAUCGCCGCAUCGACGCCGUGAACAACGGGCGGGUGUCCUCUGCCGUGAAGUCAAGCACCACCAAGACCACGACGAGCACCAGCACCAAGCUAGUCUCCAGCACGAAACCUGCCACUACGAGCAUCAUGACCGACGCCAGCAGCACCGUGAAGCCAACUACCAGCACACAGCCCGCCACCACUACCCCAAGACCGCCAUUCGACCCGUCCAUGGGACUCAGGUUCUCCAAGCGGGUCAUCUACAAAACGGUCGAAGUCGUGCCAGUCCCCGCAACGGGCCCAGCCGCCACCGGACCGCCCUCGAGGGGCGGUCGCUGCGGCGCCAAGUUCGGGGGCAUGACCUGCAUCUACAACCCCGUCUCCAAGUGCUGCUCCGAGUACGGCUGGUGCGGGUCGCUAGACUCGUUCUGCAAAAAGGGCUGCCAGCCCAACUUUGGGAUUUGCAAAUAA